AGAUUCCCAUUGGACGCUAUUACACUGAAGUACCGCCCUUUAAAGAUUUGUUGGGCAUUAUCAAAUAGUCAUUGGACAUUAUCUACAGCUCCCAUUUGAAGGCUACAACUUGAGUACAUUUCAGUAGUCAACAGACUGAGCUAGAAGUUGGAUACCUUGUUGUUAAUUGCUCGGUGGACAUUUGUAACGCUUGGAGGAAAGUGUAUUCUGGAUAAAGCAAGGCGUCUUUAUUGGGACAGCUGUCAUUUUAAAGUUAGUUUCAAUUCACACACAGAUAACCCGCUGAGAUGGCAGUUGUCAUAGUCUAACUAAGCCUGUCAGGGCUGGUGAGGGACUGCCCAGACAGUCUCCAAAACGGAAGAUGUGUGAAACAGAGGAUGAGAGGAGUGCUCAGGCCAGGCAGCUCUUUGAGAACUUUGUCCAGGCGUCCACAUGUAAGGGCACUAUGCAGGCCUUUAGUAUCUUAUGCAGGCAGAUGGAUCUGGACCCGCUGGACUACAGGAACUUCUACAGCAACCUCAAAGCCACGGUCACCAACUGGAAGGCCAAGGCCCUCUGGACCAAACUGGACAAGAGAGCCGGCCACAAGGAGUACAAGAAAGCCCAAGCCUGUGAGGGCACAAGGUGUCUGAUCAUCGGAGGGGGCCCCUGUGGUCUGCGUACGGCCAUUGAGCUGGCUCUGCUGGGGGCCAAGGUGGUGGUGAUAGAGAAGAGGGACACCUUCUCCAGGAACAACGUGCUGCAUCUGUGGCCCUACACCAUCCAUGACCUCAGGGGCCUCGGGGCCAAGAAGUUCUACGGCAAAUUCUGUGCUGGAGCCAUAGACCACAUCAGUAUUCGCCAGCUCCAGCUCAUGCUACUGAAGGUCUCCCUCAUUGUGGGGGUGGAGGUCCAUGUCAACGUGGAGUUUGUCAAACUGUUGGAGCCACCGGAGAACCAGGAGAAUGAAGGGCCUGGAUGGAGAGCAGAGAUCAGACCAGAAAACCACCCCCUCGUUGACUUUGACUUUGACGUGGUGAUUGGCGCAGAUGGACGCAGAAACACGCUAGACGGUUUCAGGAGGAAAGAGUUCCGGGGCAAGCUGGCCAUAGCCAUCACAGCCAACUUCGUUAACAGGAAUACCACAGCCGAGGCCAAGGUGGAGGAGAUCAGCGGCGUGGCCUUCAUCUUCAACCAGAAGUUCUUCCUGGAGCUCAAAGAGGAAACCGGGAUUGAUCUGGAGAACAUUGUGUACUACAGAGACAACACGCACUACUUUGUGAUGACCGCAAAGAAGCAGAGUCUGCUGGACAAGGGAGUCAUCAUUCAUGAUCACGUUGAAACAGAGAAGCUGCUGGGCAGAGACAACGUGAACCAGGAGGCUCUUCUCUCCUACGCCCGUGAGGCGGCCGACUUUGGCACCAACUACCAGUUGCCCUCUCUAGACUACGCCAUCAACCACUGCAGCCAGCCCGACGUGGCCAUGUUCGACUUCACCUGCAUGUGCGCCUCGGAGAACGCAGCUCUGGUCAGGGAGAAGUACGGACACCAGCUACUUGUGUCCCUGGUGGGAGACAGUCUACUGGAGCCCUUCUGGCCCAUGGGGACUGGCUGUGCUCGAGGCUUCCUGGCUGCCUUUGACACGGUGUGGAUGGUGAGGGGCUGGGUGCAGGGCAAGACCCCCCUGGAGAUCCUGGCAGAAAGGGAGAGUCUCUACAGGCUAUUACCCCAAACAACGACAGAGAACAUCUCAAAGAACUUUGAACAGUACACCAUUGACCCGGUAACACGGUACCCAAACCUCAACUCCAGCUGUGUCAAGCCACAUCAGGUGUGUCACCUGUUCAUAGACGGGCAGCAGAACUCCGAUCCUCUGGAAUGCUGUGGACCUACACAUAGAUCUGUCAGUCUCUCCAGACGGGAGUCGGACAUCCGGCCAAGCCGCCUCCUCACCUGGUGUCAGAAGCAGACUCUGGGUUAUAGAGGCGUGGACGUCACCAACCUCACCUCCUCCUGGAAGAGUGGCCUGGCGCUCUGUGCUCUUAUACACCAAUUCCGACCGGGCCUCAUUGACUUUGACUCCCUGAAUGAGGAGGACUCAGCCAAGAACAACCAGCUGGCCUUUGACAUAGCAGAGCGUGAAUUUGGUAUCCAGCCUGUGACCACAGGGAAGGAGAUGGCUCUGGACCAGGACCCAGACAAGCUGAUGAUGGUGCUGUACAUCUCUAAGGUUUACGAGAUGUUCCGCAACUCACCUGCAUCCAUCACUGGUACAAGAGAAACGGAUGAAAACAAUGAGGACUAUUCGUCCAAGUCUGCAAACUCAGUUUACAACUUAAUGAACCAAACACAGCCAAGAAAGAGGAUCCCAAAGGAUGACAAGAGGCUGGAGGAAGAUGACCCAAUGAGCAAAAGACGAAGAAAGGGCAACUACUUAGAGGAGUUGUCCUGCCAGAGUGCCCCCCCUGCAGGUGAGGGCGGAGAGCAGAGUAAGGUGCGCUCCAUGGCCACCCAGCUGCUGGCCAAGAUUGAGGAGAAUGCGGUGCCUGGCGGUGCCCUGCGCAAUAAGUGUGUUGGAAGGAAGGAGUUUCCUCAGAACCUGGGAGGCAGUGACAUGUGUCACUUCUGCUCCAAGCGUGUGUACGUGAUGGAGCGUCUCAGCGCUGAGGGCUACUUCUUCCACAGGGAGUGUUUCCGCUGUGACGUCUGCAGCUCCACACUACGCUUGGGCGGACAUGCCUACAACUCCAAACAGGGCAAGUUUUAUUGCAAGCUUCACUAUUCUCAGCGCAAACCCAGGCUUCAAAGUUCAAGCAAGUUCCAGAGGAGAACGAAGGAGCAGGGACAUCUGACCUCUUCGCCGGACGGUAGUAACCCCAACUCAACCACGGGCAGCCUGCAGAGCCAGCCGCCAGGACGUCACUACAGAGGCACAGGUCUGAUGAAUGGACUGUACACCCGCACGGUGCCUGAGGUGGCCAUGGGCACAGUGGACCUGCCUGACUCCAACAGGACUGCUGACUCGAAGAAACGGGCCAACUCCGAUACAUCUCUCAAACCACAAGAUUCUGCACAGGAGAAGAAAGAACAUUCCAGUACCAAGUCAUCCCUCCCAUCUGGGAACAGCAGAUGGAAGAGGAAGAUCCGUGCUACUCUCCCUCUCAUCCUGGUGAGGCACUUCUCACGUGAAAAAGCUGCAGAAAAAGAGGAGCCCAACAUUGAAGAGGCCAACUCUGAUUUUGAGGAGAUUGAACCACCGCAGGUCUCCCAUGAUGGUCCUAAACCACCUGCAGAUUCUCAGAAUCAGAGUUCAUCGAUGGGUAAAGAAGAGUGCCCGGUCACAAAAGUGCCCCAGUUGGAGGAAGCAGUCGGCCGUAAGAAAAGGCUGACGCUGUCCCUGUCUGAGAGAGAGAAACUCCUGGACUGGAACCUGGCUACUCGAGAGGAGGCCCAAGGCCCUGGAGGAGGAGAUCCUUCCACACAUCCCAAACCUGGGGACCAGAUUCCCACGAAAGACCUAUUGCCUCGGGUAGAGGCAGAACCAGUCCCAGCUCAGCCCCAGCCAGCUCAGCCCCAGCCAGUUCCGUCCGCAUUCCAGGUGUGGGCCAAUGCUUUCAGGAGGUCUUUUGGAGUAUCAAGGACAACAACAGACUCCAACACGGUUGUCACCAGGAGGAAAAACAACAGUCCCACCAAGCGUAGGCCUCUGUCUGAUGGAGCAUUCAGCUUUAGCUCCCUGUUUGGGGAUACCGCCCAAAGCCAGGAGGCCCAACCAGUGGAAGUGGGGCCGAAGACCCAGCCAUCCCCACAUCCACUCAAGGCCUCCAUGGGUGACAGACCCACAGACCUGCCCACGCUACUGGAACAGGUCUCCCUAGGCAGCAACAAGUCUGUAGGAUCCUUCACCACAGACGACAUGGCUUCACUGCCGCCCAGGAAGCUAAACUUUUUCUCCUCCCUGAGGCUGAAGAAGAGGGGGGGACCGGAGAGCGUGGGAGUGGGGGGUCAGGAGAAGGACAUCAGGACCAUCCUGUCCAACAUCAGGAACCAAGCCUCCAGCAAACAGCAGAAAGAUGAGUCCGACUCCUCAAGUGACGAUGAGCACGUCCCAGCCAAACAGAAGUUCCAUGGAAGCUCGGAGAGACAGAGGAGGAGACAGGAGAAGACUGUGAUUCAACAGGCCAAGCGAGAGCAGCUGAAGAGGCUCCACAGAGCCCAGAUCAUCCAGAGGCAGCUGGAGGAAGUGGGGGAGAAGCAGAGAGACCUGGAGGAGAGAGGGGUGACCAUUGAGAAGGUCCUUCGGGGUGAAGCCCCAGACAAAGGUGAUGGUCUCUCUGAUGAGCACGAGCUCCUCCAAAUGUGGUUCAAGCUGGUCCUGGAGAAGAACAAACUGGCACGCUAUGAGGAAGAGCUAGUCAUAUUUGCUCAGGAACUCGAGCUGGAGGACAGACAGAGUCAACUACAGAUAGAUCUACGACGCAGGAUGUCAGUAGACGACUCCAGGAAGAGCUCCAGUGAGCUGGCGGAGGAGCAGCAGAUGCUGACCGAGAUCAUGAUGGUGGUGGAGAGGAGAGACACUCUGGUCAGCCUGCUGGAGGAGCAGCGGCUGCAGGAGAGGGCUGAGGACAGAGACCUGGAGAGCCUGGUGCUGUCUAGAGGCUACCAGUUCCAUUGGACCUGAGGAGUUGCAGCCCUCUGGGGCAGGGAAAAUCAUAACAGUACCAUGCAGCUCUAUGGGUAGAGGCGACAAGUGACUACACUACCGGAUUUGGCCUCAGUCGGCAUGAUGACCUUUUGAAUAUGUAUAUAGGUUUUACUUGUCAAUUCCUACUUGAGGAUCACAUCUCUUAUAGACCUGAGGGUUGUACAUCCAGUGUCUGUAUGCCUAGUCUCUCUUGGCAGCCUUCUGAGAUUACUGUAUGCCUAACCAAGAACACCUCAUAUUCUGUCGUAUGAAUGGAAUAAAUGAAAUAUGAUUGUUUUUUUGAAUUUGUCAGUUGCACUGGAAAGCACUUAGAAACACUACAGAAACCCAAAGAUUCAUCCUAUCAAGUAUGUUUUCGCUCUCAAAGCAAAAUAUAUUUUGUAUGUGUAGGUCUCUAUUGUUCAUGUGUUGUGCUGUUGUGUUGAGAAGCACUGGAAAAACUACUGUAUGUUGUAUAAUUUAAUCUGCACUAUACCAAGGAACUUAAUCAACCAAUACACCAAGUUGAGACUGUGUCAGUGGUCAUGGUUGUCCAUGUUGAUAAUUUUCCACAGGACUUUUGACUAUUAUUCCUGCAUGUUGUCUAUCCUAUUACUCAGUACUGACCACAACCAACAGGAUUUUAUUCACUUUUUUGAGUCCUCCUUGCCCAACUUUGUUGGUUCAAUUUAUUUAGUUUGCUGUUUAUUUUUAUUCUGUAAAAAUUUGAUUAUGAAAUAAAAUAUGUUUAAUAGAGAA